GUGACAGCCACCGGCUAGCAACCAAUCGGCUGCUCGGGAAUCAGCUGACUCGCCUGGACAGCGCCAGGUGCUGUCAUCAUAUUUUCAUUGGAGACGCAGCACGGGCUCCACAGUAACACAGAGACACUGCGGAUGGGAGCCAGUCAGCGGAUUCCCGUUGCAAGGAUCCAUGCAAAACCUGACCAUGCGCUUGGCGAAGGUUGCACAUGAAUAUUCGCGGAGUGGAUGUAAGGAAACGAUGCCACUGUGAAGCAGUUAAUUAUACAGAACUUACGAGCGACGUGAUGGUAUUUAUUAUCUAUGGAUUUUGUUUCAGUGCUCAUUCGCAAGGACAUAUAUACUGUUUCUAGAUACUAUAAGUGCAUGCAUCAGUCAGCUCGGAGGGAGGACUUCAAUGCCAUUCGGAACGUGUAGGCUGGCAAACCAAAGAGGUCAACUCUCCAGUCCAAGUUUCAAGCUGUGAGAAAGUUUCAAACCUAUGAGGAAGUUUCAAACCUAUAUGAGCCCACGGGAACUACACCCUUUUAAAUCUUUCGGAAGCUCUUUGACUCCACUGUUCAAGCUUUCAGAGGGAUAAAAGGGCUAUUCUGCAACACUUCUAUUGAAUGAGAAUCUCACCUCACCAUCUUUUUGGCGCUAUAGGAAUUCCAGCUCAGAUCUGAGAGGAUAAACACUUACAGUCAGAAUGGCAAGAGGGACUUUCUUUUUUGUUGUGCAGGGCCAGAUUUAUUUAAUCCUGCUUCUGGCUUUACUUGGCCUCUCUUCAGUUCAGAGUACAGAAUGUCCGCAGCUUUGUGUGUGCGAGAUCCGGCCUUGGUUCACUCCCCAGUCCACCUACAGAGAAGCAACUACUGUUGAUUGCAAUGACCUUCACCUUACACGCAUCCCCGGGAACCUGUCCGCUGACACGCAGGUGUUGCUUCUGCAAAGUAACUAUAUUGCCAGAACUAGUGAGGAACUGGAGCAGUUAUUGAAUCUCACAGAACUUGACCUGUCCCAGAACAACUUCAGCAACAUCCAGGAUAUCGGCUUGACCAACAUGUCACAACUCACAACGCUUCACCUGGAGGAGAACCAAAUAGUCGAGAUGCCUGACUUCAGUUUGCAAGAUCUCACCAAUCUACAGGAGCUGUACAUUAAUCACAAUCAGAUCAGCUCCAUUGCACCCAAUGCCUUCGCCGGAUUGCGUAACCUUCUGAGACUCCACCUGAACUCCAACAGACUCAAGGCCAUUGACAGUCGCUGGUUUGAAUCAACCCCCAACCUGGAGAUCCUGAUGAUUGGGGAAAAUCCUGUGGUCGGCAUCCUGGAUUUGAACUUCAAACCUCUCACCAACUUGAGAAGCCUGGUCCUGGCAGGAAUGGAGCUCACUGAUAUCCCAGGCAAUGCGUUUAUUGGACUAGACAACCUAGAGAGUCUCUCCUUCUAUGAUAAUAAACUGGUUCGGGUGCCACAGACUGCUCUGCAGAAGCUUCCAAACCUGAAAUUUCUGGAUUUGAACAAGAAUCCAAUACAUAAAAUUCAAGAGAGGGACUUUAAGAACAUGCUGAGACUGAAAGAACUUGGCAUUAACAACAUGGGAGAACUUGUGUCCAUUGAUCGCUUUGCCCUGGAUAACCUCCCAGAGCUGACCAAACUCGAAGCCACCAACAACCCCAAGUUUUCCUACGUGAGCCGUUUAGCAUUCCGUGACUUGCCAUCACUAGAGAGUCUAAUGCUCAAUAACAAUGCUCUAAACUCCCUCUACCAAGCAACGGCGGAUUCCCUGCCCAACCUGAGGGAGAUCAGUAUCCAUAGCAACCCGCUGCGCUGUGACUGUGUAAUUCAAUGGAUGAGCUCAAACCUGACAAACAUUCGAUUUAUGGAGCCUCUUUCCAUGUUCUGUGCAAUGCCACUUGAGGUUAGAGGUCAGCGUGUGAAAGACGUACUUUCUCGUGAAUCUUCAGGCCAGUGUCUGCCAAUGAUCUCUCAUGACACAUUCCCCAAUCACCUCAACCUUGAUAUCGGGAUGACAGUAAAUCUGGACUGUCGUGCUAUGGCUGAGCCUGAACCAGAAAUAUACUGGGUGACCCCAUCUGGUAACAAAGUCAUGAUGGAUACAGUGUCCGAUAAAUACCAACUUAACCGUGCAGGAACUCUGCGCAUAUCCCACAUUCAGGUGGACGACUCUGGCCACUACACCUGUGUGGCUCAGAAUACAGAAGGAGCGGACACUCGGGUGACUGCCAUUCGAGUCAACGGGACUCUUCUGGAUAGCACCCAGCUUAUGAAGAUCUACGUGAAACACACAGAGUCCCACUCAAUUUUAGUGUCCUGGAAAGUGAACUCCAAUGUCAUGAUGUCCAAUCUGAAGUGGUCAUCCGCCACCAUGAAAAUUGACAACCCUCACAUCACCUAUACGGCUAAAGUUCCUGUAGAUGUUCAUGAGUACAACCUCACACACCUUCAGCCGGCCACUGAGUAUGAGGUCUGUCUCUCGGUCUCCAAUAUCCACCAGCAGACCCAGAAGUCAUGUGUUAACGUCACAACCAAGCAUGCUACAUUUGCGGUGGAGAUCUCUGAGCAAGGCACCAAUACGGCUCUGGCGGCAGUCAUGGGCACAAUACUGGCCAUCAUCAGCCUGGGCUCAAUCACGGUAUACAUUGCAAAGAGAUGGAAGAGGAAGAACUACCAUAGAGACACAAGUGGAGCAUUAUUUUAG